UCGAUGACAACGGUAUACCGAUUACGAUGACGCUGCCAGUGACGUAACGCGCAACUGCCCGUGCUGGCAUCUGAGCAGAAUUUGAAAGUAAAGACCCGGCGCACAAGAGCAGAACCCAAGAGUCCAAAACCUCGUCAAAACAACAACCCAUUCGUCUAAAAACGACGCAACCAGACGGACGUGUUUACAAGUCGUUUAGCGACUUUAUGAGUUUAUUUGAAACAAUUUGUCAGUUCGACUACAGCUGGUAUUCCCCUGAGGAGAAGAGGAAUAUUCUGAACUUUAAAGUCGUGGUUUUGUCCUGCGUGGAAAGGAAGUACUGUCCGCCAGUCGGUGUUGUUGUGAAAGAAAAUGAAACGAAUCGUCGUGUACAUGUGUCUACACAAAGGACAGCGUGUAAUCUGGGAGUUUUAGCUGAAUCUUCGAGGGCUAAACGAGCUAAUCUGGGCUAAAUUAGCAGGAGACUCUUAGCAUCUGUCGUCGCGUUUAAACUCAACUCACUCAAAUGAAGCGGCCGUAUUGACGGUCAACAUUUACUGACUAAAAACUUGAUCCACUUUUUCUUAAAUUGUUUCGCACUUAACCGUGUUAUAACCAACUGAGGGGGGCAACAGUAAGUAAAUGUUUUGGUGGUGACUGAACAUGAACUGUGUGCCGGUGAAGUGAUUAGUCCGCAUACUUCACUUCACACUCGUAGAAUACUGUGAAUACUCUCUGGCUGAGGUGUAGAGUUGAUCAUCAUUGCCGGUUAUCAUCAUCAUUACUGGUCGCAGUGGAGCGGUGAUGGCCCGGAGGAGACUGGACAGUCGCAGUGGAUCAUCUGCUCUGCUCUCAGAGAUCCACACACAGAUCCGUACUGAUGCUCUGGAUGGCGUGUUUGACAUGUGCAAUGAACUCGGCAGGGGGAAGUUUGCAGUGGUGAGGAAGUGUGAGGAAAAGUCCACAGGGAAAGUCUUUGCUGCAAAGUUCAUCAAGAAGCGGAGACGGGGUCGUGACUGCAGAGCGGAGGUCAUUCACGAGAUCGCCAUUUUAGAGGCUGCGAAGAACAACCCUCGGGUGGUGAACCUGCACGCUGUAUACGAGACGGAUCAUGACCUCGUUCUUCUACUGGAAUAUGCUGCGGGUGGUGAGAUAUUUGACCACUGUAUGUCAGAGGAGCUGCUGCCCGAGGGUCAGAUCACUCGUCUGAUCAGACAGAUGCUAGAAGGAAUUCAUCUACUUCACCAGAGCAAUGUGGUCCAUUUAGACUUGAAACCCCAAAACAUUCUUCUGACCAGUCUGAGCCCACUGGGAGAAAUAAAGAUAGUGGAUUUUGGGCUGUCUCGCAGGUUGGGCUCAGCUGGAGAACUCAGGGAGAUUCUGGGCACUCCUGAGUAUGUAGCUCCUGAGAUCCUUAACUAUGAACCAAUCACCACGGCAACAGAUCUUUGGAGUGUGGGUGUGAUAGCGUACAUGCUGGCAACAGGCGAGUCUCCCUUCGCUGGCGAGGACAAACAGGAGACCUUCCUAAAUGUAUCCCAGGUGAACGUGGACUACAGCAGAGAGGCCUUCUCAAGAGUGUCUGAGCUGGCUGUUGACUUCAUCCGGAAACUUCUGGUCAAAUCACCAGAGGAUCGUCCUAGUGCGGCUGACUGUAUGACCCAUCCCUGGCUGUGGCUCCAUUAUUCAGGGUCUGAGCCGAUCCCUGUUACACCACGCACUCCCCGGGAAAGGAGUUACGGUGGGAAAUGCUCUGCGCCACCUGAGGACCCUGAGGACAAAGAGAACAUUCUGGACUCGCCACGAAGCAAGAGGUUCCGUUUUGAAGAGGAUAUGUUCGCCACAGGGGACGGUGAUCACUUAUGCUGAUGCUAAAGGGAGUUACACUUGCUCUGAAUAGCAUAAUUUCUCAUUUUUAGUCUAUUUUGACUGCCUGAGUUUUCUCCAGUGCAGUGCUAGCGAAAAUUGCUUCUGUCCUAAUGAUUUUGUUCUCACACCAAAGAUGAUCUUUCUACAAAAGGGUCAAAUCUGGCAUAACGCUGUUUGUUAAUAUUAUAAUAGUGAGCUUCUAAAUGUCUAUUUUGCCGUCCUGUCUAAAGAUUUAAUUUACUUGUUCUGUCAUAUUUGGAUUUUAUAUGUUUAUAUUUUUAUUUUAAUGCCAUUCAGUAUCGAUUUCAUUUGCUGUGGCUUUUAGCCCACAUUAAUGCAGACUCUAAUUCUAUUACUGCACUUAAAGCAAAAACAGCCAGCUACUAAAACAACAAAGGCUGGAAUUCGAUGCACACAGAUAGUAUACACAUGUUUUGUUUGCGUGUUUUGUUGAACAUGCUUUUCCUUUUUGUGGUAUUGAAACAUCAGAAACCUUACAAAAAUGUGACUCAACACACAUGCACAACACACCCUGGAUUACCCAAAUAUGUGUUUGUGUUGGUCAUAGUACUUCCUUCUAGAGAAUGACUAAAGAUAUGCAGGAAAGCACUUAAAUCCCCUAUUAAGUCUGUUUCACUAAAAUAUGAGAAACAUUCUUAACAGCAUUCGAUUUGGAUAAUGAAGUAUAUCUAUUGAUUUUAAAAUGAAACAAAAUCGUUUUAAUAUUUUUAUUACUGCCAAUAUAUUGCUUAAUAAACAUGUUCUAGCAGGACGGAAUGAUGGUAUUAAGCAAUGUUCUAGCAUUCUCCACGGAAGGCCUAAAUGUUUUGGGAGUGCUGUAAUAAAAGCCUGUCAUAAUUCGUCUUGAAAUGACAGUUUAUAUGAUCUAUGCACCAAUCUAAGGUAAUUCAGGGUUCCGCAUGUUACCUUUUCUACAGGCCUGUUAAGCCAAUGCCAUUAACUUUGUAGGCUUCAGUUCUUUUUUAUACUGAACCAUUCUCUCAGGGUUAGCUGUAACUGCACAAUGUGUCUUUGUGUGCUUUUUGCGCACAGUUUCCCCUGUUCAAAUAGACAUACUGGCUGGUAAAAAUACUUUUUUAAUACAUAAUCUUUAUAAUUUAAGUUCAUUUUUUACUUUCUAAGUGGAUUUUAAUAUUUUGUUUUGUAAGUUAUGCUUUUUGGUAAUAAUGAUAUAAUAUACGUGUGGUUAUUUGAAAGGAAAAAUUGGAUUCAAAAAUGGCUCAAGUGUUGGAGUUAUUUUUAUGGUGUUUGGAUAUGUAGGGAAUGAGAUUUGGUUAUGAAGAAAGUGUUUUAGAUGUAUUCUGGAAUGGAAUUGAAGGCAAAUGAAUGUUAUAAAGUUUUUUUGAGGUAAUCCUUGUAGUACAAAAUUGUUUUGUGUAGAGAAUUAUUGAGAACUUUUCAGGAAAGGAAUGAACUGAAGAAUAUAACAACAAAAAACUCUGAGAAGGAACAACUUAUCUAUGUAAUAUAAUUGAAUAGUUUUCCGGGUGAGAUUUUAAACAUUGAAAUAUUAGUAUGGCAGAAUUCAGUCUUAAAGUUUGAGCUUUUCAGCUUACUGGUCUGUUAAAAGAGGUGUGAAGAGCUCAUCUGUGUUUGUGUGCUCAGGGCUUUAAGGUUUCCCAGAGAUGUCACCAGCCUGCACUCAUAAUAAGGCCAUUGUCUCAAAAGACGAGAGGCUCUUGCCACGGUCGUGUGCUCGCUGUAUGCCGUCAUCUCGAAGCGAAACAUGAAUCUAGUCCCUGCCUGGGAAACUGUCUUUAAUAAUGUUUAGGGGACAUGAGGUAUUUGGGCCUGGAAUUUUAAAGAGAAAAGAAAAUAGGCCAGACUGGAGUGCGAGACAAAGCAGUCACUGCAGUUUGUGGAGAACGCUUGUUAUGUCCUGUACUUGUCAUACGCUAAGCAAGAGGAUGCUUAAGGGAUAUAAAUCCUUAAUGAUUUUUCUUUUGUGUUAGACAGGAUGUGACAAUGAUAUGUAUGAUGAUGAACUUGUUUUAAACUAUUUUGUAAUAUAUUUAUCAUAAAUAAAUUAUGUGAAAUUGA